GGCGGAAAUUAGUUUAAUUUUACAAACUAUAUAUCAUUAAGGCGUUAUUUAAACAUUCUGAUUGCAUUGCUCUGAACAAUUUACAGAUGUAAAUGUCAAGUGGUGUCUUCCUGUAGCAGUGGAAACAAUAGAGCCUCGUUUUUUUGUUGUUGCACAUUUACAUAUUUAACGUCCAUACAUGCGUUAAGUACCAUAUCGAGCGCGGUAGUCGGAAAACCUUACAUCGCAUCGACGUUUAUCACAAGAUGGAGAAUUGUUUCAAAUUUGCCCUAGUGGCCAGUCUGUGUAUAGUUAUACACUUCGCUCAAGCAUCUCGCUGCCCUUUAAGUGAGCAGGAUCAGUGGAAGGAGUUCCGGAAUUCCUGCUACUUUUUCAGCGAAACGUCGACAACUUGGCAGUCGGCCAAGGAAUCCUGUGAAGAGAAUGGAAGUCACCUCGUUGACAUUUUGUCACGGGGAGAAAACGAAUUUAUCCACCAGAGACUGAAUACCUACCGAUACAGUGAAGACUACUACAUUGGGGCAACCGAUCGACAACAUGAGGGUUAUUUCGUGUGGGAAAGCACUAGGAGUGCACUCGGAUAUAAGAACUGGAACGUUGGUGAACCAAACCAGCAUCUGGGCACUCCUGAAAAUUGUGCUGAAAUCAAAACCGAUAAUGGGAAAUGGAAUGAUGUCCCCUGUGAUAUCGUGAUGCGUUUUAUUUGUAAACGUCCGGUAUCCAGAGAGUAAUAAACUGAAAUAUUUGUUUCUCACCAUAAA